UCAGGCUCGAUGAUUACUUCCCCUCCGCCACUUUUAAACUUCCCGCCUUCUCUUACUGAAGUGGGAAUAAUAGAAAGUGCGCGUUGCUACGUCUCUCUCUCUCUCUCUGAGCUAAAGCCGUAUUCUUCGCACAAAAGAAGCCCUAAUCUAAUCUAAGCUGAAAAUUCGACCAUCACCGGAGAAUGUCGACGUGGCAGAUAUUCUCCGACGCCGACAACAACUUCCGAUGGGAGGCCUCCGAUCAACGUUUCAACAUGGAGCCGAAAACGCCGCCCGAAUCCUCUCCUUCUCUCCCAUCCAUGGCUGAUCUCUUGCUUCAAGGAUGUUCGAAUCUGAUGGAGAAUCGCGGAGGUCGCUUCCAAACUCCUCCGGUGUUCCAAAGCGGAGUAGGAAAACCAGUUACGGUGAAGCACUCUUCCAUAACAAAAGCAUUAUCUAUUCUUGGCGAGGAAGCUGAUGCCUUUGCUAGUUCUGGUAGACAAUUGUGUAAUAGAAGUGAUGAUGGAUGCAGUUUAUCUAAUUCAAUGUUCCGCACAGGCUCUGGGAAAAAGGUUAAUAUAUCUUCAACUGGUCUUGUUCGAGCAAAUACAUUGUUAGGACUGGAAGAAGGUAAUGAUCCAACUUUUUCGAGUCUCAAGGAUUCAAAGAAUCUGUUGGUUUCUGAUGAAUCUUUGGGAUGGCGAAAGUCAUCUCAUCCUGAAACAAGAGAGGGAGUCAACACCAGAACUUACAAGGAUGCUACAGCCACAAUUUCUAAUUUCAAUUCUAAGACUAGUUCAUUACAACGAGAUUUAGAAAGGGAGACUAUUUCAGGUCUCAUGCAUACUGCUACUAAGUGCCCUCCAAUCAAGUUUAAUACUGCUGGUGGGAGAUCUAUAUCAGUUUCAAGUGACGCUCUGCAACGGGCAAGGAGCCUUCUUGGUAACCUGGUAGGAGAGACUUUCUUUAAUGAAGAGGAUGAAAAUAAUCCAGGUCCCCCAUAUUCCAAAGAAACCAGACUGGCCAACAGCAAUUCUAGUAAAGAAAAUACCCAAAUUUCUCCCACUUGCCAUCAAGAAAUAGCAAAAAGCAUGCAUGUAUCAAAGAGUUUUGUGUCUCCUCUUCGGUCAUAUUCCAGUCGAAUCCAAUCAUUAAUUACAUCAGAGAAUGCAGAUUCAGGUACCAACUUGAUCAAGAAAUUUGAUGCAGAGGACUAUGACAACACUUCUAAGAUGCCUGAUAACACACUUUGCCAGCAAAGGCCUCCAAGUGGCAGGUCUUCUCCACAUGUAAUAAUUAGAAAUUCUUUACAACAUGAUGGUAGUUUGAUAAAUAACCCACGAGGAAGUUCAUUAGGUGGCCCGUUGGUUGAUAUUUCAAAUAAACUUGGAUUGCAUAUGGAUAGCAAAUUAACUACUGGUGAGAAGAGGAGACUUGGAAGGAGUUCAAUCUCUCCAUUCAAAAGGCCCCGCAAUUCCAGAUUUGUCACCCCUCUGAACAAUGUCUUGCCUGCUUCUAGUGGGCUACCCAGUUCUGCACAUGGAGAACCCUGUGGCAGCAGAAGAGUUUCUGCCCAUUACCCUUUCCAGGGUCCACGAAAAUAUGUGAAAGAAUACUUUGAAAUUCCACCAUUCCACCUGAACACGAAACAACUUCCAGAUAAUAUAAGAAGGAUGAAUCCAGAAAAUGCAGAAAAAUACAAGUUUCAUAAUGGAUGUGGUUUAGAGCUAGGAGCAGAAGCUUUCUACCAUAUGUUGGCUGAGUCUGGAGCUUCUAUACAACAUGCUUCUAAAGAGUGGGUUGAGAAUCAUUACAAGUGGAUUGUUUGGAAACUUGCAUGUUAUGAGAGAUGGUAUCCCUCUAAAUCUUCUGGGAAGUUAUUGACAGUUCCUAAUGUACUUGAAGAAUUAAAAUACAGAUAUGAGAGAGAAGUAAAUCAUGGUCAUCGGUCCGCAAUUAAGAGAAUUUUAGAAGGAGAUCAACCACCUUCUUCCAUGUUGAUACUGUGUAUAUCAUCUAUUUGUUCAAAGGGUGCGGAAAGUGGUGUGGCUACAAAAGUAGAAUUAACUGAUGGGUGGUACUCAAUUGAUGGUCUUUUAGAUGUAUUGCUAUCAAAGAAGUUGGCUACUGGCAAACUGUUUACUGGCCAGAAACUAAGGAUCUGGGGAGCUGGAUUAUCUGGCUGGGUUGGGCCUAUUUCACCUCUCAAGGCAUCAAACACGGUUAGUCUUCUUCUGCACAUCAAUGGGACAUACAGAGCUCAUUGGGCUGAUCGUUUGGGGUUAUGUAAGAAUGUUGGUACUCCAUUAGCCUUUAGAUGCAUCAAGGGCAUGGGCGGUCCAGUUCCUAGAACAUUAGUUGGAGUCACACGGGUAUACCCUGUUCUCUACAGGGAGAGGUUAAGUAAUGGUGGAUUUAUUGUGAGAUCAGAGAGGAUGGAAGCUAGAAUGAUAGAGUCAUACAACCAGAGGCGCUCAGUCAUUGCAGAGGGAAUUGCAUCUGAUUUUCAAAGGGAAAUAAAAGAAUCUUGUAUUAUUAAUGACAAUGAUAGUGAAGAAGGGGCUAAACUAUUAAAGAUACUGGAGAGAACUGCUGAACCUGAAGUCUUAAUGGCAGAGAUGACUUCAGAGCAAUUGACUUCUUUUGCUACUUAUCAAGCAAAAUUAGAGUCAAUUAGACAGUCAGACAUGCAGAACUCAAUUGAGAAGGCUCUCAAAGAUGCAGGCCUAAGUGCAAGAGACAUCACCCCAUUUAUGAGGGUGAGAGUGGUUGAGUUAACUCGUAAAGACUGCCCAACAAACUGCUGCCCGCGAAAAGGGUUAAUAACAAUCUGGAACCCGACUGAGAAGCAGCAAUUAGAGCUGGUUGAGGGGAAAGCAUAUGCUGUGACAGGGCUUAUACCAUUAGCAUUAGGCACCGAGGCUGAUACCCUUUUCUUGCAAGCAAGGGGAUCGACGACCAGAUGGGUGCCUUUAUCUUCUUCAGCAACUCAACAUAUUGAGUUGUUCUUCACACCUCGCAAAUCAGUUUCAUUGUCACAUUUGGGUGAGGUUCCUCUGUCAAGUGAAUUUGAUCUUGCUGCAUUAGUUGUGUACGUGGGAGAUGUAUAUUCAGAUGCUCUCCAAAAGAAGCAGUGGGUGUUUGUCACAGAUGGCUCAAUAUCAGAGUCACAUUCAGAAGAGCCAUCAAAUUCUUUGCUUGCCAUCAGUUUCUGGUCUCCACACACAGAUUGUGAUUCAUAUACUCCAAUUAAUCAUAACCUUGUUGGAUCAGUGGUUGGGUUCUGUAAUCUCAUAAAAAGAGCCAAAGACCAAGUCAAUCAUCUCUGGGUGGCAGAAACAACAGAAAAUUCAACCUAUUUCUUAAGUUCUGAUCUUGUGCAUUAUUUUCACUUAAAAGAUGCUUCUGCUUCUGUUGAAAGAUGGGCAAAGAUCUCAGGCUUGACAAUUGAGAAGCUUAGACGGAAGGUUUUGACCAUUGUUGAUAAAUGAUGAAAGCUAAAGCGAUAAAUUGAUAUUAGAAGCAGUUCCAUACAAAGUUGGAGCUCGGUGGUUUCUCAUGCAAGUCCCUGGAACUGGGUGAAAAGAGGGCUCAUUGUCAAAGAAAAAUGGUCACAUCGGCGUUCCCUCGAUUGAGAGUUUCAGCCUUGUGCCAUGUAUAUGUCGCUUAAUUAGCUGAUGGAAGGAUAUAUGAUAUGAUGUUGGGUGGAGUCCAUGGGCAUUGUAAGGUUUGUCCUGAGUGAGAUUGGCUUGCAGAAUUUUUCUUCCGUAUUUGUUUGCGUUUUGGGUUGUGAGUGGGGGCUGAUCUGAUGAUCUAAUUUAAUUGAAGCCUUUGCAUGGCCCUAUACCUAUAGGUUUGCCCCAGUGUUAAAUUUCACUCACUAUACAGACUGCAGGAUGAAGAAAGGAUUUUUGUGGACAUUUCGAUGUUGAAGGACAGCAAGUCAAUUAACUAGAAAUUGGGUACACGAAUACGAUACAUUGAUUUUGUAAGGGAAAGUCCUGUGCUUAAAAAAGUCC